UGUAAGAUAACGUUGCACUUGGAUUUUGUUCCAUUGGCCAUCCAUAAAAAUUCAAGAUCGUCUCUUGUUCUAUAAUCAGUCAUAGAACAUAGUCUUCUUUCCCUUUUAACCCAAACCAAACCUUUACCAUGCUCGCAUCUGCCGCUGCCGUCCGAAAAAUCGCCCAAAGGGAAAUGUCCCGCAACACUCUUGGAGGUGUCCGUGCUAUGGCUUCCCUUGAGCAGUAUUCCGAAUUUGGAAAGUCUCUUUUCACUGGUGCGGUUGCUGAUGAAUACCUCAAGAAACACGGUGCCAGUGGUGAUAUCUUGAAUGAUCCUUCCUGGGUCAAGAAUCAUUCCGACACUGUUGCCAACGCUGUCUUUGACUGGGCCAUUGAUAACGGCGCCAACGUCUACUGCCAUUGGUUCCAGCCCAUGGCUUCCAGUGGUGUUCGUCACGGACAAAGUGGUCAAGUGCAAAAUAUUAUGUUGAAAUUCGAUUCCAACAACGAAAUUGUUCAAGACUUCAAGGGAAAGACUCUUAUCAAGGGAGAAACUGAUGGAUCAUCCUACCCCAAUGGAGGUCUUCGUGGAACCCACGAGGCUGGAGGUUACCUCGCUGUUGAUACCUCUUCCCCUAUUUUCCUUCGUGGGGAUACUAUUUUCAUCCCUUCUGCAUUUGUUUCUUACUAUGGAGCUGCUUUGGAUGAGAAGACUCCCUUGCUUCGUGCCAAUGCUGCCCUUGACAAGGAGGCCAGCCGCCUUUUUGGAAAAUUGGGAUUGGAUGUUUCCAGCGGUGUCCAGACCAAUAUUGGUUUGGAACAAGAAAUUUUCCUCAUUCCCCGUGAGGAAUACUACAAGCGCCCUGACCUUCAGUUGACUGGACGUACUUUGAUUGGAAAGAAUGCCCCUCGUGGACAAGAAAUGUGCGAUCACUACAUGGGACCCUUGUCAUCUGCCACUGCUGCCUUGGGAUGCAUGCAAGAAAUUCAAGACGAGUGCUACCGCCUGGGAAUUCCUCUCAAGACUCGUCACCGUGAGGUCGCCCCCAACCAGUUCGAAUUUGCUCCCUUGUUCGGAACCAACACCACUCAGAUUGACCAAAAUCUCAUGGUGAUGCAAAUUAUCGAGGAGGUUGCCGCCAAGCACGGACUUGCUGCCCUUCUCCAGGAGAAGCCAUUCAAUGACGUCAAUGGAUCCGGAAAGCACAAUAACUGGUCCAUUGCCACCCGUGAUGGUGUAAAUGUUCUUGACCCUGAGGAAUUCAACGCGGCCUCUGGAAACGACUCUGCCUUCCCGAUUGUCAUGGCUGCUAUUGUUGCAGCCAUUGAUGAACACGGUGAUCUCAUGCGUUGUGCCAUUGCCUCCCCCGGAAAUGACUUCCGUUUGGGUGCAUGUGAGGCCCCUCCCGCCAUUGUCUCCACCUACCUUGGAGAUGAUAUGACCAAGUACAUGGAGGCCUUCAUGAACGGAAAAUCAGCCAGCUACAACCCAGGAAAGAAGACCUUGGAUCUUGGAUGCCGUGAGAUCUUGCCAUUUGAGGUCCCUGCUGAGGAUCGUAACCGUACUUCUCCUUUCCCAUACGGAGGUGCUCGUUUCGAGUUCCGUGCUGUUGGAUCCGCCCAGAAUGUGUCCUUGGUGAACACUGUUCUCAACACUAUUGCCGCCGAGAAAUUCGGAGAAUUCGCCGACCGCAUCGAAGCCGGAGAAGAUGCUGAGACCGUUGCCCGUGAUGCUCUCAAGAAGCACUGGAAGGUCAUUUUCAACGGAGACAACUACGAUGAAGCCAACCAACAAAUGCUCACCGAUAGUGGCGUCUGGCGUAUUGACUCUGGUGUCGAGGCCAUUGCUCGAUUGACUGCCGACAAGAACGUCGCCCUCUUCGAGAAGAUGGGAGUCCUUACCAAGGACGAGUGCGCUGCCCGCCAAGACGUCCUCCACGACCACUACGCCGGAACUGUCGAGAUGGAGGCAUUGACCCUCGUUGACAUGAUCAACCAACACAUCAUCCCUGCUUGCAAGAAGUCUGGUGUCGGUCCAGUUGCCGACCUUGAGGCAUGCGUCCCCAAGCUGAAGGCUGGUGUUGCUGCGAUCCACGCCGCUGAGACUUCCAAUGAGAAGGCCAGCCUUGCCCGUGUCCUCCGUUUGGAGACCAUGAUUGACAUUCGUGAAACCUGCGAUGCCGCCGAGGAAGUUGUCCCUGCCGAAAACUGGACUCUUGCCACAUACAAGGAAUUGCUUUUCCUUGACUCUCACACUGUUGCUGGAAGCCAAGUUGACUACUUCGACGAGUAAAUACAGAGCGAAGACAGAGUCAAUAUUUUGUGAUCAAUUUUAGAAUUCAGUGGCUGAGGAGGGACUACAGUAUCGGUUUUGCAUAAACAAAAAGAAGAGAGACGAUCGGAUGUGCGGAGUGACAAAAAGGCGAGAUUUUGAUUGAUUUUGGUUUUGAUUUUAAAGGAGUAGCCAAUAAGCAUGUUAACUCGAUUUCUUGCUACCGGU